AUGCCAUUGAAAAGAAAAACGGAUUACAAAUCAAUAGAAAAACUUGAUCAAAAAUCGGUUGAAAAGGCUUCGGCAGCUUUACUACAAUAUGUGAAACGAAAAGGGUACAAUCCUGAGAAAGAAAGGAUAUACUUACAAAUUAAUACAUUUCAUCCGCCUGAAAACGAAUCGCUAAGGAGGCCCAGUAAAAUUUUUCUUCCUAAUCGUGUCUUACAUGCAGAAGAUGCCUGCUUGUUUGUGAAAGGCUCUCAGCAGCAAUUGCAGGACGAGGUAGAAAAGCAGGGGUUGGACGAGAUUAUCACAAAAGUCAUUAGCAUUGCAAGGUUGAAGUUAAAAUACAAGACUGUGAAAGAAAAAUGUCAGUUACGUGAUUCCCACACAUUUUUUUUCAUGGAUAAACGAGCUGCAAAGGACGUGACAGCAUUGAUGGGUAUGGUGCUUGCUCAAAAAAAGAUUAAAACUUUUCCGAUUUCUGUAGAUCAAAAGAAAGACACGAUUCGUCAUCAGGUCGCUCGUUGCUUGCAUUCUACCUAUUUUCAAUUAUCCGCUGGUACAAGUCAUACUAUUCUAUGCGGGCUCGCUUCUCAAAGCACCGACCAGUUACGCCAAAAUAUUGAAGCCAUAUUUCGUUCUUUGUUAGGAAAUUUCAUUCCUAGAGGAUGGAAUGCAAUCGAUAAUGUUGCUGUAAAGACAGCCGACAGUGCCUCUCUUCCUAUUUGGCACUCAGAUCAGGCAGCCGCUGAGUAUAAGAGGAACGCUGUUCAUAUCCAAGAUAGCCGUCCUCCUACCAAAAAGGAAUUACGAGCAAUGCAAAAAGGAAUUCAAGUUCCUAAUAAACCCCUUUAA